GUUCGCACUUGGGGGCGGGCUCAGCGGCGGAAGUAACGCCGCUGGCUCAGCUCCUUCCGCUCGGAGGAGCUGGCUGGGCGGUGGAGCGGGACUGCAGCUGGGCAGGAAGAGUGGGGGCCGUGCUGACAUGGAGCAGCCCUACCGCUGAGGCCCUACUGUCCCCACUUCAACGUGGGGGCCCACCAGGAUGAGCAAACUGCCUGGGGAACUGGCCUGUGACUUGGAGCGCAGCCUGCCGGCGGUGGCCUCCCUGGGUGCCUCACUGACGCAGAGCCAGAGCUUCUCAUCACAUUUCAUCCCACCACCUCGAGAGAAGCGCCGAGCCAUCUCUGAUGUGCGCCGCACCUUCUGCCUCUUUGUCACCUUCGACCUGCUCUUCAUCUCCCUCCUCUGGAUCAUCGAGUUGAAUACUAACACUGGCAUCAGCAAGAACCUAGAGCAGGAGAUCAUCCACUACAGCUUUCAGAGCUCCUUCUUUGACAUCUUUGUCCUGGCCUUCUUCCGCUUCUCUGGACUACUCUUGGGCUAUGCAGUGCUGCGGCUCCGGCAUUGGUGGGUGAUUGCGGUAAGAUCAGCAAUUGCGAUCACCACACUGGUAUCCAGUGCAUUCCUCAUUGUCAAGGUCAUCCUAUCUGAGCUGCUCAGCAAAGGAGCAUUUGGCUACCUACUCCCCAUUGUGUCCUUUGUCCUGGCCUGGCUGGAGACCUGGUUCCUUGACUUCAAAGUUCUACCCCAGGAGGCUGAAGAGGAGCGAUGGUAUCUUGCUGCGCAAGCUGCUGUUGCCCGAGGACCUCUGUUAUUCUCUGGUGCACUGUCUGAGGGCCAGUUCUACUCUCCCCCAGAAUCCUUUGCAGGGUCUGACAAUGAAUCAGAUGAGGAAGUCACCGGGAAGAAAAGUUUCUCUGCCCAGGAGAGAGAGUACAUCCGCCAGGGGAGGGAGGCUACUGCCGUGGUGGAUCAGAUCUUGGCCCAGGAGGAGAACUGGAAGUUCGAGAAGAAUAAUGAGUAUGGGGACACCGUGUACACUAUUGAGGUUCCCUUCCAUGGCAAGACCUUCGUCCUGAAGACCUUCCUGCCUUGCCCUGCCGAGCUGGUCUAUCAGGAAGUGAUCCUGCAGCCUGAGAAGAUGGUGCUGUGGAACAAGACAGUGACUGCCUGCCAGAUUCUGCAGCGGGUCGAAGACAGCACCCUCAUCUCCUACGAUGUGUCAUCAGGGGCUGCAGGUGGUGUUGUAUCUCCUAGGGACUUUGUGAAUGUCCGGCGCAUCGAACGGCGCAGAGACCGAUACCUCUCAUCCGGCAUCGCCACCACACACAAUACCAAGCCCCCCACGCACAAAUACGUCAGGGGAGAGAAUGGUCCUGGGGGCUUCAUUGUGCUCAAGUCAGCCAGUAACCCUCGAGUCUGCACCUUCAUCUGGAUUCUUAACACAGAUCUCAAGGGCCGCCUGCCUCGGUACCUUAUCCACCAGAGCCUUGCUGCCACCAUGUUUGAAUUUGCCUUUCACCUGCGACAGCGCAUUGGAGAGCUAGGGGCCUGGGCUUGACCAUGCUCCCUUGCCACCCUGCAGGCCAGGGUUCUGUCAUCAUAGCCUCGAGCUGGAAAGAGGGGCUAGUUGGGCUUCCUGCUGCCGGUGAAGUACCACAUUCCAAGCAGCAGGUGGCAUCUUGGUCCCUAGCUAUUGCCCUCCACCAAGCCAUACUCUAGAAGCGUGAGCCUGAGCAGUUGUGGCACUUGAUCUCUUGACCAUCCCCAACUGAAGGAGAGGAGACUGUCCUGCCAGUGUUGACACAACAUCACUGCCUUCUAGAGGAGGAGAUCGUGCCCCAUGCCUUGCUGGAAAUCACAGAAUUUGGGCUUGGGUAGGACAGGCUGGGCAGCCCAUUACCAGUGUGACUGCUAGGAUGGUUUUAUAGGGUUAUUGAAAGGGUCUGUGACCUUUUCCAUAUGUAUUGUGGGAGUAUAGGGAGAGGUGGGUUGGUGGGAGCUGGCAUUGCAUCUCUGCCUCUCUCUAUCCUCCCCUUCUCCUAGGGCUUCUUUGGGACCUUUGUAAUAAUUUGAGCUGAUUGAAAA